GUCAGACGAAAUACAUCCGAAAUAAGGUUUGAUAAAACAGUUUUUGUAUGAAAAUCAUUAAUCAACAGUGCAUGAUCUGACAAGGGACGACAUUCUUGUCGGCUUCCUGACAACGAGUUGAAUAACAAAUCCCGUUAUUUGACCAUAAGAGGUGUUGAGCGCAGAAACUGGCAAUGGAUAAUAUAAUUUCAGCGGAAGGCUAUAUUGCCGACACAAUGUCGCGAGAACGUGACAAACUUUCUACCCAGAAUCCUCUUCUGACCAAGUGGAAGCUGGAUGUCCCUACAGGUUUAAAAGGAGGACUUGGCGGGUCAAGUCUACUCUCGACAUCCAAAACUGCUGAUGCAGGUCGUAAGCGGAAAGGAAAUGAUUCCUCUGAUGUUGAUAAAAAGAAGACAAAAGACACAUCGUUUGCUACCCAGAGUUCUCUUCUCAGCACAGAGCUGACCCAGAAAUUAACACUAUCGUCCAGCUUGACUGGCAGCAGUUUACUGUCCGGCAGUAGCCUACUGUCUGGUGGACUGUUAACAAGUUCUUUAACAAAAACACUGUUUGUUAAAUCUACAAGAACUAAAGAUGACCAUAAUGAAAAAUCGAGCGAAAGCUCGUUGGAAAAAAACCCAAAGAAAGUGAAAUCUACAAGGGCUGAUGGACCUUCAAAGAGACAGUCAAUUGAGGUCAAGGACAAAGGAAGGAAGGUGUCCAAGUUGUCCAAGGCCGCCAAACUGCCCAAAGAGAAGUCCAAGGAACCAGGAUUCAACUACAAGGCGUACGAGACCAGCUACCCAGAUUACAACUUUGCUGGGAUGUAUGCUGGGGAGAGUUUUGAAGUGCCGAGCUUCAUGCCGCCAGACAAGGAUGUUAGAGUCAGCAAACACCUUGUGGCAGCGCCACUCUGUGAUGUGAACGGCUUGAAGCAUGCAUUUAUCAAUGCUGUAAGUUCAUCCCUUAUCUGCGCACCGAACUUCAAGGAUUCCAAGGACAAGGCCAGAAUUGACCUCAUUGCCAUGUCAGAGAAGGUCACGACCUAUGACCCAGAGUUUCUUCUGAAGGUUGCCUUACACACAAGAAAAGGUUUGAACAUCCGAACUACAGCCAACUUUUUGCUGGCACUGGCUGCAAAUGUAAAGUUGUGUCGCCCAUACAUGAGAAAAUAUUUCUCUGCUGCCAUCAACCUGCCCUCCGACUGGAUUGAAGUGGCAGAAAUCUACCAGGCAUUCCAUGAUGAUGGCCUGACAUUCGGGGCACUCCCUGCAGCCUUGAGACGAGUUAUGGUGGCAAAGUUUCCAGAUUUUGACAAAUACCAGCUUGCGAAAUACAACAAAGAUUCAUCCAAGAAGAAGAAGAAGAAGGGAGGAGACCAAGGUUUCCGGGGCAGAGGAAGGGGAAGAGGCAGAGGAAGAGGAAGGGGUGGUGUGAUGGGAGUGGGGAUGGUGGGUCAGAAGAGCACCUUGUUUGACAGUGACAGCGAUGAAGGUGACAGUGAGGAUGAAAGCAAGAAGCCACGGAGACAACUGAGUGAUGUGAAUUACGAUGAGGACAGCGACACUGAGGAAGCCUUGGAACAGAAGACGUUUUCCCUGAAACAGCUGAUCAGAAAGUUGCACAUAAAGGAGCCCGUAGAGCAUGUCAUGUGUCUCAUCGGCAAGAAGUACCCAUCCACACUGGAAGAGUUUUAUGCAAGUCGUCUACCUGGGACUUGGGAGGAGGAGAGAUCUGGCAAGAGGAUGAAGCUCCCUGUGCCCGAGACCUGGGAAACACAGGUGUCCAUGAAGGGCAACAAGGCAGCUGUCUGGGAGGACCUGAUUGAUCACAAGAAGCUGCCAUUCAUGGCUAUGUUACGGAACUUGAGGAACCUGAUCAAAGCAGGCAUCUCGCCUAAACACCACAACAGCAUCCUGUUUAGGCUGACCAAUGAGCGUCAAGUCAUCAACAGCAAACAGUUCCCGUUCCGAUUCUUCUCAGCAUACGAAGUGCUCACACAGUUGGAGAAUGACUAUGAGAAAAACCAAAAAGACAUUAUUCACGAUGCUGAGAACAAUGCUAUGGCAUCAGGGGUAACUCGCGGAGGUAUCCGAGGCCGUGGUCGAGGUCGUGGAAGCAGAGGUCGUGGGGCCGCAGGAAAGGACAAAUGGUGGAUGAACAGGAAGGAUAAAAAAAAAGCAGCAAGUGAGGUUGCAUAUGACAAGAACCUGAUAGUGCGGUACCGCAAGGCCCUGGACACAUCGGUCAAGAUCGCCACGGUCUACAAUGUUCAACCAAUCAGAGGGCGGACAAUCAUCUUCUGCGACAUUGGCAGUGAGAUGAAAAUACCAUGCACUGCAGCGAAGGGACUUGGCAAACCGAGAAUGAUGGAUGAGGUCGCUGUUCUGCUGGGUCUGAUGUGUAAGCACUCCUGUGAGGAGUGUAUGUUGGUGGCCUACAACGACACCCACUAUGCAACCAUCGACAUCGCUAAGGGCACCAUCCUGGACAACAUGGCCACUGUACUUAAUUCUCCCAUAUCUGAGAUGAGUGGGCGACAACCGCUGACAAAGGGGCUGCCAUUCCAAGUGCUUGUGGAAGUGCUCCGAGACAGAAUACAGGUGGACAAUCUGAUUAUCCUGAGUGGUGGAAUUAAUCCCACUUCGGACAAAGGUCAAGUGAUGUCCGAUUUCCUGAAGAUGUAUCGCCAGGUGGUCAACCAGAACCUGCUGUACUGCAGUGUGUCAUUCGCAGGGAGGAACACCGGGUUUGCACAGGACAUCAAACCAGAGCAUGACAAUGACAUCUACAUCACUGGCUAUAGUGACCAAAUUCUCAGAUUUAUUGCUGAACGUGGAGAUGGAGGUCAGUUACUCCAUGUUGAGAACAUUGAUGAGGCAUUCAACUUGAAGAAUGUUCUGGUGACUGCCCUUGAGAAGGUCGACAAGGCUCAGGUCAAGGUCAAUCCAGAGAGGGUGCUGCCAAUCUCAGCACAGAUGCCCAGAUGGCGAACAGCCAGGGUGUUCAUCUCUUCAACGUUCAGGGACAUGCAUGGGGAACGCGACCUUCUGACUCGAUUUGUGUUCCCCGAGCUGCGGGAGCGGGGACGAAAACACUUCAUCAACGUGUACGAGGUGGACCUCAGGUGGGGGGUCACAGAGGAGCUGACCAAACUCAACAGGACCUUGGACCUUUGUCUUCAGGAGCUGACCAAAUGUCAGUUCUUCAUCGGUAUGCUUGACCGAUAUGGCUGGGUUCCCGACAAGUAUGAGGUUCCUGACACUGCUGAGUUCGACUGGGUCCGUGACUACCCGCCUGGAGCAUCUGUAACAGAACUGGAGAUGCAUUCAGCAGCAUUGUCCAAACCCAACGAAGUCCGCGAGAGAUGCUUCUUCUACAUCCGAGACAGCACGUUUGAAAGAGAUGUCCCUAAGGAGUUUGUUACUGAUUUCGCAACUGAGAAUGAGGUCAGCAGAGAGAAAUUGGCGCGUCUGAAGACUCGUGUCCGAUCAAGUGGCCUGGAGGUUUAUGAUGACUAUCCCUGCACCUGGGGUGGUACUGUGGACCAGAAGCCCAUCACCAGCGGACUCAACAACUUUGGGAUCCGAGUUCUCAACAACUUGUGGACAGCCAUUCAAAACCAGUAUCCAGAUGAGGAAGCCAUGCUGGAUGAAGACACUCACAUUGCCAAGCUACACCGAGCAUUUGUGGACAGUCGCCAGUCUCAGUUCAUUGGUCGGAAGACGCUGAUCAAGGAGUGCAUCAACAAGAUCGUGGAGAUACAGUCGGGUGUCAUCACGCUGGCUGGAAAACCUGGAUCAGGGAAAACGUCACUCGUGGCCUCCCUAAUUCACUCCUACCUUGAGUCCAAGUUCUGUGACAGCGCUGCGACUGUUCUGGUGCACAUGGUUGGCGCUGCUCCUGGUUCCCAGAAUAUCAUGGCUACCAUCAAGAGGCUAUGUCACGAGAUCAACCGACUGUUUGGUCUGCAGGCUGAGAUACCAGAAGACUUCAAGAACCUGGCAGUGAAGUUUGGCGAGCUGUUGAAGGAAGCAGGGAAGGUGUGUGGCUCCACCAUGGUGGUGGUGAUGGAUGGGCUGGACCUGAUGGACAAUGUCCACCAACCAUACAACAUGGAGUGGCUCCCCAACCCAGUGCCUGAGAACGUGGUGUUUGUGCUGUCUGUGGUGAACAAUGAAAAGUGCCACAAGUCUCUGCAACGUCUCGACACGCAGGAGAUCGUCAUCGGUGCCCUUGAUGUGUUUGAUAAGGCUGAGGUUGUCCGAUCCACCCUGCUAGAACAUCGCAAGACACUCAGCGAGACACCAUUCAACAAUCAGCUGAAACUCAUCACAUCGAAGAAGGAAGCCAGCAAUCCCCUCUACCUUAAACUGGCCUGUGAGGAACUCAGAGUUUUGGGUGUCUUUGAGCAGAUAUCCACCAAGUUGAAGUCGCUGCCCCACACGACCCCCCAGCUGCUGCAGGAGGUGCUGGCCAGAUUGGAGACUGACCACGGCCAGGCUGUUGUGGCUACUGCCCUCUCUCUACUUGUCUGUUCCAGAGACGGGCUACCAGCAGAGGAUCUUCGAGAACUGCUCACAUGGUGGAAUAUACUGGGAAGUAAGAAGUUUGAUGUCAAUGACUUUAUGAACAUUGACGUUGAUAUGGAGGACCUCAUGCCCCCGGCCUCCUUCUCCUACCUCUGCCGCUCGAUCCAGACUUUCCUCAACCCAAGUGGAGCAUGGAGCACCUGCCUGUCACUGGCCCAUACAGAGAUAAUGAAUGCUGUCCGUCACCGCUAUCUACGAGGUGUUGCUGCAGACAAAGAACUCAACCUGCAUAAACUCCUUGCAGGCUACUACCUCCGCCAGGCUGACCCUGAGAAAACAGGAACCUGGACAGCACACACGCGCGCCUUCAGUGAGCUGCCCUACCAUCUGGCUGCAAGUGGAAGCUUCACUGACCUGAAGCUGAUACUGUGUGACCUUCACUUCAUCCAUGCUAAGUGUAAACUUGGCCUCGCUGCCCAGCUCAUGGAUGACUUUGUUGCAAAAGUGUCCACUACCAACAAGACCUUGGAGAAGGAGCAAACCCGUUUCCAGGCGGUGCCGAGAGUUCAGCAGUAUGCAUCAUUCGUGUCACGCAAUCUACACAUUCUGGCCAGUCACCCAGCCUUGACCUGGCAGCAGGCUGUGAAUGAACCUGAUACAUCGGAGGUGUGUGUUGACGCCAAGACCCUGAGUGAGGACAACAGCUACAUGGAGUGGAGCAACAAGCCGUCACAGACGGACCCCUGCUACCUCAACAUCAGCAACCUGCCACAGCCCUCAACAUGUGUGACCGUGUCAAGUGACAGCGAGUACUUCGCUACAGGUGGGAUGGACUGCCUCGUCAGGCUGUACAACAUGGACACUGGCAAGGAGAUCCGCUCAUUCCGAGGACAUGCUGACGCCAUUGCUGACGUGUGUUUCGUAGGGAAAGGAGUACUGUGCAGUGCAUCACUUGACAACACCUUGUGUCUCUGGCAUGUGGAAGAUGGACACAGAAUUGCCGUACUGAAGAGUCACCAGCGUCGGGUCAACUCGUGCACGUCUGACCAGUCCGGUAAACUGCUAGCAUCUGGCGGGUGGGACUGUCAGAUCAAGGUGUGGAACACCAGCACCACGGAGAUCGUCUGCCACCUGAAUGCAGAGAGCCCGGUCAACUGUGUGGACUUCCACCCCGAGGGUCAGCUGAUUGUUGCUGGCGGCUGGGACUCCACACUCAAGAUCUUUGAUGUCUUUCAUAAACAGAGAAAGGCUGUAUUGCGAGGUCACAGUUCAUCUGUGCGCGACGUGGCCUACUCCCCGUCCGGCAGACAUAUUGCCUCAGCAGCGCUGGAUGGUGAUGUCAAGAUCUGGUCUGCUACAAAUGGUUCUCAAGUCGGAAACAUUUGUGGUCAUUCCCUGCCAAUCAACAAACUGACCUUCACCCCUACAGGGAAGGAACUGGUCACUGUCAGUGAUGACCAUAAGAUCAAGGUGUGGUCAGGACACCUGGGAAUUCCCCUACACUGUCUUGGGUCUGAGAAGAAUGGACCGGUCACUUCAGUAGCACUCUCUCCGCAAGGAGAUCUGGUUGCCACACACGCAGGAUACCACGAGGGCCAUGCCCGAGUCUUUGAUGUCAACACAGGCAUGCAGCUAGCGGAGGUGAAGCAUCACAGUGCAGCAGUGAGAGCUCUAACUUACAGUCGGGACGGACGCUAUGUCUUCACAGGCGCUGACGACAACAUGGUGCUGAUGCUGGAUGGAACCACCGCCACUAAAGCAGCAUCUCUGGAGGGACACACCAUGCCGGUCCUGUGUGUGACAGUCACUGCCAAGUACGUGGCUACCUGCGGAGAGGACUUCACCUGUCUUAUCUUUUCCUCUCCCCGGGAGUGCAAGAAAGCUCUAAGACCGUCCCCAAUGGCCACUCUGAAGGGUCACACUGCCCCAGUGACCAGCUGCUCCUUCAACUCAAACCAGACCAAACUGGCUACAGCCAGUCGAGAUGCAUCUGUGAUGAUAUGGGACAUGUUCCAAGUGUUGCUGGACCCUGACGCCACGGCAGAGAGGACUCUUCAUGCCUGCCACAAUGACUGGAUCAACUCCUGCAGGUGGUCCAACAUCGGCGACUUCCUGGUAACAGGAUCCAAUGAUUUCAACCUGAAGGUGUGGGAUGUGAACACCGGAACGGAGAAGAAGAAAAUGACUGGUCACAUGUCUGCAGUCAAUUCAGUGGCAUACCAGUACGGAUGUAUCGUGUCAGCGUCUAGUGACGGUCAUGUGAAGGUCUGGUCACACAAGGGAACAGAGAUCACCACCCUGCUCGGACACAUACAGAGGGUCAACAGCUGUGACAUCGUGGUGAAGGUCAAACAAGGGUCAACUUUGGAGGAUGCCAAUGAGGAGGAGACAAUGGACUGGUCAGCUCCAGAGAUUGAUUCUCCAGACAAGAAGUCUGGAAGAUUGGACAUCAAGAUGCAAGAUGUCAUUGUGGCCACGUGUGCUGACGAUGGUCUUCUGAGACUCUGGAAACCACUGCAGGCAAAUGAGUUGGCAUCUCUGACUGGGCACUCCGACCGUGUGUUGUCAGUGGCUACAGACAAGUCUGGCAAUGUCUGCAGCUGUUCAUUAGACAAAUCAGUGAGACUUUGGACCCCACAGCUGAGUGAGGAACGUGUCAUCGGGCGCCAUAAUGCUGACGUCACCUUUUGUGUAGCCUCUCCAGACAGCUCUACUGUUCUCACAGGAAGCCGGGAUGGUAUCGUGAAGAUAUGGACCUUGGACCCUGUCACCAAUGAGAGAACAUGCUCCUACAGCUUCAAGGCCCAUGAAAAAUCAGUGAAUGCUGCCUGUUUUGUGAACCGACACAGUAGCAAGUUUGCCACGGGUUCUGAUGAUGCCACUAUCAUCGUAUGGGACAUCAUAAAGAGAAGAGAUACCUUCCUAGUCAAGAAAGGAAAGGUGUUCACUGUCCUGACACCUGUGACAGCCCUGGCCUGGAAUGACAAGUACCCAUCCAAGUCUGGACUUACCUUUUUCUCUGCGGAAUGGGAUGGCACCAUCAACGUUUGGAACACAGACUACGGCAAACCUGUCAAUACAAUUAGGAACCCAGCAACAGGUGGCUUCUACAACAGUUGGUCAACCAGACUGACCUUCUCUGACCAGGAGCUUCUGACUGCAGGCACGGACAGCAAGGUCGACAUCUUGGAUGUCAGACCAGUACUGCAAGUUAAGUACAGUAGUCCAGUGACCAAACUGAUGAUGGUGCUUGUGGAUAGCUCCGAGCUAGACAAACAUGUUCCUCCUCACAAACGUACCAAGACAUGGGUGUUAGAUGUCAUGCAAAGGGGGACAACUGUGUACUGCGUUGACUCCAAGGGGCAGAUAACUGUGGCAAACAGAAACCAAGCACCUGACACAUGGAAAACAGUAAAGAUUCAUGCGGAGGCCAUCACCAGCAUCAUGGCGGUGGCUGGAUGUAUCUUCACAGCGUCCGCUGACCACACAGUGAAAGUGUGGACGGAAGAUCUGACUCAGAUUGGUCAGUUCUUCUGUCCAGCACCUGUGACCAGCAUGACACUUGCCGGAACGGUCAGCAGGUGCCCCGAGUGUGUCCCCCUGAUGUGUGGUGACCAACUGGGCAACGUCCAUCUCCUCACAUGGCGGCAGUGAAGUGACCACACCACACUAGCUGCACUGUCUUCUACUUAAACUUUCCUGUUGUUGUAGUCUUCACAGCUAUACCAUGUCUUCACUUCAAUUCGUUUCAAAUUAAUUUCUUUACAUCUUUAUCCUCAACUUGUUAAUCAUUUAGCAAUACUCCUUUGAAGAACCUGAAUGUUUUUGAAAAGUUGGCGUGUAAAUAAUUGUCGUCAUGGUUGGUAUCGAGUCUAUUUGUUUGGCAUGUAUUGCAUCUCUUAAAUAUAUCUCCUAAUGUCAAGUCUAUAUUUUCGCUAGUACAAUGUAGUAUUAUUGAAUAUAACUUUACAUUGAUUUUUUUAUUUAAGAAUUGUUAUGAUUAUGUUUCAUUCAGUUGAAGAACAAUAGUGAAAACAAUGCACAUCCUUCCUUUGUGUUUAGCCAUGAAUUGUUUAACUGGUACUCCUAAUUAAGCAAUGUAAAUACAAUGUAAAUAUGUCAUAUAUAUCUCCUUAUGUAUGUACACUAUAACAAUGUGUUGUAUUUUUAUUAUUAUUUAUGUAAUGUAUCUGUAUGUUUGACAUGCUUUGAUGCUGUGUACACAAAUGAAUACACACCUAUCUUAGACAUUAGUAGGCAACAUUGCUUAAAAAAACACAUGUCUAGUUUCAAAGACUUAUGUAUGAACAAGUUAUAUUUGGCUGUGAAUGUGUAUUAAUAAAUAUAUCAUUGUAAAUACUGAAACAAUCAUUGUACAUACUGAAACAAUCAUUGUACAUACUGUCAUACCCAAACAUCUGUAACAUAUCCAUGGUAACCAUUAAUUAGUUUACUGUAGCUCUGUAUUUGUAAACUUGGUAGGAGUCAAGUUGUGUCACUUUUACACGCUUGCAGCAGUUAGCAUUAUACUAGUUAAGUUAUACUAGAUGCCGAUUAUGAGAAUGAAAUGAGGAUAAUCAAACUACAUUUCUGUACAGACAAUUUUGGUCAGAAUUAUGUAAUGUAUUUAUUAAUUAGAUAGUUUAAAAAAAUAGCUCAUCUAAGUCAGUAUUUGCUUGCUUACAGAACUAGUGGCUUGAUAUUUGCAUAUUGUAUAUAAUGUAUCUAUAUUCUAUGAUGUAUGCACUGUCUGAUGUGUGCUGUCAUAAGCUGAGACACGUACUUGUAUGGAAGAUAUUCAGUGUGGCCAGCGGCUGUCACUGCAGGGUUUUGUCACUGUUUUAGACAUAAUUAUAUUUCAUGUCAUGAAAAUGAAUGUUAAACCACAAGAU